GUAACUGGAGUUGUAGUGAUUGACAGUAAAGGUGAAGUAAAGCAUGAAGGGAUUGCCCUGUCAAUAGAAGGAAAUGUUUCAAUGCAGUUAAGUGCCAAAAAUGUUGGAAUAUUUGAAGCAUUUUAUAGUUCUGUUAAGCCAAUUCAACUUAUCCACUGUAUUUUGGAGAUAGCCAAACCAGGAAGAUUACCUUCUGGUAGAACUGAAAUUCCUUUUGAAUUUCCUUUGAAGCCAAAGAGCAACAAAUGUCUCUAUGAAACAUAUCAUGGUGUGUUUAUUAAUAUUCAGUACUUGCUACGCUGUGAAAUGAAAAGAUCUCUACUAAAUAAAGAUCUCCAGAAAGUUGUAGAGUUUAUUUUAGAGUACAAGGAUGAAAAUGAAAAGGCGGUCAUUAAAGCAGUGGACUUCAGUAUCACUCCAGAAUCCCUCCAAAAUGUAAAAGAUAGGAGUAAAAUACCCAGUUUCUUGUUGAAGGGCAAACUAGACUCCACCAUCUGCUGCAUUACAAAACCUUUCACUGGAGAGAUCUGUGUCGAAAAGUGUGAUGCAGCCAUUCGCUCUAUCGAGCUUCAGCUGGUGCGUGUAGAAACUUGUGGUUGUGCUGAAGGUUAUUCUCGUGAUGCAACUGAAAUACAGAAUAUUCAAAUUGGAGAAGGUGAUGUCUGCCGAGGAAUUGUCAUUCCAAUAUAUAUGAUUUUUCCUCGUCUGUUUGCUUGCCCAACCCUCAUUACCAGUAAUUUUAAAAUAGAAUUUGAAGUCAACAUAGUUGUUGUGUUUGAAGAUGAUCAUCUAAUCACAGAAAACUUUCCUAUCAAGCUGACAAGAUUCUGAUUUUUCCAAUAAACUUAGAGUUGAAUUAGAUUAUUAUGUAUUAUGUUUUCGUCUUAUAGCUGGAAAUAAAAUAUAACAAAAGAAAGUGUGAAGUUGUUUACACUUGACACCAUCUUCAGUGUUUUAAAAUUUGAUAAUAUAGUACAUGUACAGUGUUUUAAAUGAGCUACAUUCAUUCAGAAUUUGAUUUCUAAAAACAUUAAUUUAUGAUGUAUUGAGCCUACUCAUCUUUAAAUUUCUUGCAUCUUAUUGUUCUUUGUAUACACAAUAUGAUAUGGCUACUAAAAUAUAAUACUGAGUUUAAAUUUCAUUUGGACAUUGGUAAUGUGCAAGUAUACUGCAAAUGAAGCUAAUUUAAAAUCACGAUUCAUUUCUGUAAAUUUCUAAGUAUGAAUUGUGAAGAUAACAUAAUUUUUAAUGUUUUUUAACUCUCUAAAAAAAAAGAGAGAUUGACAUUAUGAAAAAAAAAACUUGCUUAUAAUUUAUAGAAAUAUAUUUUUAUUACAUCAGUUUUUUAAUAAAAAUUCUGUUCUUAGCUUUGUAUGCUCUCUUCAAAAUUUGAUAAAGCCUGUUUUCUUCCAUUGCAUUAUUUUAGUUGUAAAUGGGUUUGACAUUAGUUAUUUCAGUAACUAUACACAUAUUGUCUUAUUUAUCUGUGAAAAAAUUAUACAUGAA